AUGGGGCAACAGAAGAAGGUCGUGUCCUCUUCUUCGACUUCAGAAGGCGACUAUCAGCUUGUGCAACACGAAGUUCUAUACUCGACUGCGGGUAAUCAGUACGAAGUUCUCGAGUUUUUGGGACGAGGAACUUUUGGACAGGUGGUGAAAUGUUGGAAGAAAGGAACCAAUGAAAUCGUGGCGAUCAAAAUCCUAAAAAAUCAUCCUUCUUACGCAAGACAAGGACAAAUCGAAGUGUCGAUACUGCAGCGUUUGUCGGCAGAAAAUGGAGAUGACUAUAAUUUCGUCCGUGCUUAUGAAUGCUUCGUGCAUAAAAUGCAUACCUGCCUCGUUUUUGAGAUGCUGGAGCAAAAUCUCUACGAUUUUCUCAAACAAAACAAAUUUUCUCCACUACCCUUAAAAUACAUUCGACCGAUUCUCCAACAAGUUUUGACAGCACUACUCAAACUGAAGCAGCUCGGCUUGAUUCACGCCGAUUUGAAACCUGAGAAUAUUAUGCUUGUCGAUCCAAUCAGACAGCCUUUCAGA